UGUGCGCCGGAAGUUCUCCUGCAACGUGUAGAAGAACAUUUCACGUGUUAGAUUUUUUUCGUACUGCGGUAAUUUACAAUCUGAAGUUGUGUCCAAAACGCGCCGAUUUGCCCGCUGUCUGUGUAGAUCAGAAUUAUGGGUCGGAAAUUGGAUCCCACAAAUAAGGUGAAGAGGGGGCCGGGUAAGAAAACCAAAAAGCAGCAGGGCGCAGAGGUUGAGUUGGCCAAAUUCUUGCCCGAUGAGGAAACAGGUUCAAAGCGUCUAUCAAGCAGAGGCAGGAAAAGAGCUGCAAAGAGAGUUCAGAAUCUGAAAAAGCCUAAAGAUGUUUCUAAGGAACAGCCCAAUAAAGGUUUUACUGAUGAAAACAGCAAAUGGUUGAAACCAUCAAAGAGAAAGCGUAAAGCUGAUGAACCAGAGAGUGAGAGUGACAGCGAGGAGCACUGGGAAGACGAAGAUGAUGAGGAAGAGGAGCAGGAGAUGCCACAGAAGAAGGGGGGAAAAGAUGAAGGGAAAAAUGGUGCAAAAUUAGCAGUGAAAAAACAGAAAAAGAAUGAGGUUGAAGAUAACGAUGAGGAAGAGGAAGACGAUGAUGAUGAUGAAGAUGACGACGAGGAUGAAAUGGUUGAUGACUAUGGUACACUCGAUGAUGGCAGUGAUGGAGAGGAUCUUCUUCCCAUUGAACGUGCUGCCAAGAAGGCGAAAAAACUCAAAGAAUCCAAGGUUCUUGGGAGUGAUGGCGAUGAUGAUGACGACGAUGAUGAUGAGGGGGAGGAAGAUGAUGAUGAAAAGGAACAGAAAUCAGAUGAUGACAUGGAAGAGGAUGACACGUUACAAACCAACACAGAUGAUGGAGAUACAUUCAGGCUGCCUGGUGCAGAAGAGAGUGAGAAGGAGGGUGUCAUGUCUUUUGACCUGAAGGCAAUCCACCAAAGAAUAAAGGACAACAUUGAUGUCCUCUGUAAUUUCUCAACAAAAAGAGAGGAGGGGAAAGACAGACAGGAGUACAUCUCACUGCUGAAGAAAGAUCUCUGUACUUAUUACAGCUACAAUAACUUCCUCAUUGAGAAACUAAUGGACCUCUUUCCUCUUUCAGAGCUGGUUGAUUUCCUUGAAGCCAAUGAAAUUCACAGACCUGUCACGAUUCGGACGAACACACUAAAAACAAGGAGGCGGGACCUCGCUCAGGCUCUGAUCAACAGAGGAGUGAACCUGGAUCCACUGGGGAAAUGGUCUAAAGUUGGUUUGGUUAUCUACGAUUCCUCUGUACCAAUAGGUGCAACGCCGGAGUAUCUUGCUGGUCAUUACAUGCUGCAGGGAGCCUCCAGCUUCCUGCCAGUCAUGGCCCUCUCUCCACAGGAGGGAGAGUUAGUGUUGGAUAUGAGCUCUGCUCCAGGCGGCAAGACCACGUAUGUCGCUCAGUUGAUGAGAAACACAGGAGUGAUUGUUGCUAAUGAUGCCAACGCUGACAGAUUGAAGAGCGUGGUGGGAAACAUUCACCGUCUGGGGGUCACCAACACUGUGGUCAGCAACUACGACGGCAGGCAGUUCCCCAAGGUUAUGGGAGGGUUUGAUAGAGUUCUGCUUGAUGCACCGUGUUCAGGCACAGGAGUCAUCGCUAAAGAUCCAGCUGUGAAGACCAGCAAGGAUGAGGCAGAUAUCCUUCGCUCUGCUCACCUACAGAAAGAGAUGAUUUUGGCUGCCAUUGACUCCGUCAAUGCAGAGUCCUCUUCUGGAGGAUACCUGAUCUACUGCACAUGCUCAAUAAUGUGGGAGGAGAAUGAGUGGGUGGUGGACUAUGCUUUGAAGAAAAGGAAUGUCAAGUUGGUUCCUACCGGACUUGACUUUGGCAAGGAAGGCUUCACCAGAUUCAAACAGCAUAGAUUCCAUCCUUCUCUACGACUCACGCGGCGAUUUUAUCCUCACUCCCACAAUAUGGAUGGAUUUUUUGUGGCCAAGUUUAAAAAGUUCUCCAAUGUAAUUCCAGCUGCACCCACAGGAAAAGGCGAGACAACAGAUGCUUCUGAGGCUCCAGCAGCUGCAGACUCGCCCAAAGACAAGCCAUCCAAAAGCAACAAGGCAAACAAGACCGCGAUGGAGAAGAUGGUGCCAUUAAAACAAAAGGACAAAGCAAAUGGAAUGCCAGCCAAAAAAACUGCAAACAUGAAAUCAAAGGCAAAAAAUUACUUGCAAACUGGUCCAAAGAAGGCAAAAAUUGCCAAAAUGGAUGGAGAGACUUCGAAGGGGCCAGAGAAGCCAGUACCGACCACCGACGAGAAGAAAGCAUCAAAGGCUGACAAAAAGGAGGGAAGCAGAUUUGAGAAAAAGCUGGCCAAAAAACCCAUGAAGGCCAAGAAUAGACUAGGAAAGAACAAAUUCAACAAGUUGAAGCUUAUGCUGAAAAAACAAGAUAAAAAGUGAAAUGUGGACCGUUUGUUGACAUGUUCAGGAUUACAACAGAACUUGGUGGAGCUUUAUUAGAGCUCUAACUUCUCUCCAUCUCAGAGGGUUUAGGUGGGAAUGCCUGGUUGUGUUUUCAGAGCAGCAUGUCACGUGAUUAAAACACCAUACCUGCUUUUGGAUGAGUUAUCUUUCUCUCUCUCUUUGUUUAAAAUGUGUAUUCCAUGAUUUCUUAUGUUUGUUGGAUAAUUACAAAUGAGGGCAUCCUCCAUGUGAUAAAACAAUAAAUAUUUUAUGGGAUUUUUCCCAUCA